AAUAACUUUAUUGUUUUGACUCUAUCAUCCUUAGAAUUAUUCAAGGUUGUUGCGUUCAAAUGCACUUCAGGAAGGAAAGAAAAGUGAGUUCCCUCCCCUUUCAACAGGCGAUGUUGCCGCACAGAACAGCAAUAGUGCUGCUAAAGAAGAGGUGCAGAACUGAGGGACAAGCCUUUCAGACGGCCUGAUCAUGAAAGCUGUUCGUUUACUCUUCAUCUGUGUGUUCAUGAUUCUGAUGAAGAAAUCAUCUUCUACUAAGGUGAACCCCUGUUGUUACUACCCCUGCCAGAACACUGGCGUGUGCGUGCGGUUCGGCCUGGAAGACUACAGGUGUGACUGCACCCGCACAGGUUUCUAUGGAGACAACUGCACCACCCCUGAGUUGUGGACCAGGAUUCGCCUGGCAUUGAAGCCCCGCCCCUCCACGGUCCACUUCCUGCUGACUCACUUCCAGUGGUUCUGGGAGCUCAUCAACAGCUCCUCCCUCAGAGAUACCAUCAUGAAAAUGGUGCUGACAGUCAGAAGUGAUCUUAUUCCAAGCCCCCCGACCUACAACACCAAGUACGGAUACCUGAGCUGGGAGGCGUACCACAACACCUCCUACUACACCCGGCUCCUCCCUCCAGUUCCUGCAGACUGUCCUUUGCCGAUGGGGACUAAAGGGAAACCAGUCCUGCCAGAUGUGAAACUGUUGACCGAAAGGUUUUUCAGGAGGCAAAAGUUUCGUCCCGAUCCCCAAGGAACCAAUCUGAUGUUUGCUUUCAUGGCUCAGCAUUUCACCCACCAGUUCUUCAAGACCAACCGCAAAGCUGAGGGCGGAUUCACCAAUGCUCUGGGACACGGGGUAGAUGCAAGCAAUAUUUAUGGAGAAGAGCUCGCAAGACAGCAUGAACUUCGGCUUCAUAAGGAUGGAAAACUAAAAUACCAGCUGCUGAACGGGGAGAUGUACCCCCCCACAGUUUCUGAGGUCCCCGUGCACAUGGUGUAUCCCGACAGUUUACCCCCCGAGCAGCGCCUGGCCAUCGGGCAGGAGGUGUUCGGCCUCCUGCCCGGCCUCACCAUGUACGCCACCAUCUGGCUGAGGGAGCACAACAGAAUCUGCGACAUCCUGAAGGCCGAACAUCCAACCUGGGAUGAUGAGCAGCUUUUCCAGACCACCAGACUCAUCAUCAUCGUGUCCCUUUCAGGUCAGAUCAUCAACAUAAUCACAGAAGAGUAUGUGCAGCAGCUGAGCGGCUACCAUCUGAAGCUGAAGUUUGAGCCCUCCCUGCUUUUCAACGUGCGUUUCCAGUACAGCAACCGCAUCGCCCUGGAGUUCUGUCACCUCUACCACUGGCACCCUCUGAUGCCAGACAGCUUCGUCAUCGAUGGCGAUGAAAUCCCGCUAACCAGCUUCAUAUACAACACCUCCAUCCUCAUGCACUACGGUGUGGAGAAACUGGUGGAUGCUUUUUCUCGACAGGCAGCAGGACAGAUCGGAGGGGGUCGCAACUCUCAUGAAGCGGUUCUUAAGGUGGCCCAGAUGGUGAUCACAGAGUCCAGGAGGACACGUAUGCAGCCUUUCAAUGAAUACAGGAAAAGGUUCAACUUGAAGCCAUACGCGUCCUUUCAGGAGUUCACUGACGACAAAGAAAUGGCUGAAGGCUUAGAAGAACUGUACGGUGACGUCGACGCUCUGGAGUUUUACCCCGGUGUCCUGCUGGAGAAAGCCCGAGCCAACAGCAUCUUUGGUGAGAGCAUGGUGGAGAUGGGCGCACCCUUCUCCCUGAAGGGGCUGAUGGGAAAUCCCAUCUGCUCUCCAGAGUACUGGAAGCCCAGCACCUUUGGAGGAGAGACGGGCUUCAAUAUCGUCAAAACGUCCACUCUGAAGAAACUGGUUUGUCUCAACACCAAGUGGUGUCCGUACGUGGCCUUCCGUGUCCCACCAAACCAGGAAGAGGCAGGAGGAAGAAAAGCUAGCACCGAACUUUGAGGAGACGCCACAUCUGACAAUGUUUUGCUUGAAGAGAUUAAGGAUAAACAUAAGGUGUUUGACCAAAAAUGUCUUCAAACUCUAAAAUUUUAUUUUAAACGUUUACAUGUUUGUACUCUUUUAUUUAGAUAAUUUGGAGUCGUGUAUUGUUUGGUUUUAGAUGAUUCGUAUUAAGUGAGACAUUAUUACUUUAUUUAAUACAUUUUAAAACUUUUUGAAAGUACAUCAUUUCCAAACCAGCUCAGAAAUGUAUAUAUUUCAAAUACUUACAAGAAAUGGAAUGAGCAAAGCAUCUGACAAAGCAGUUAAAGCUAGUCUAUAACUGCCUGUGGUUUGAGCACGACUCUUUUCCGGUCUCUGUGGUUCAACUUCCUUUUCAACAACUCAAGAUAGGGAUGACACGAUGGAUAAGGAUGAAAUUUAAAACGAUUUUGACGUUACAAACCAUAAGUGUAAUCAAACAUCUUUAAAUAAACAUACAGGCAGAUUCUGUGCAUUUAUAAAUAAU